CUACUUAAUGACAAUUUGUGGAAGAAAAAUACAAUUCAUAACUGAGACGCAUUUUUCUAUUUUUUAUGGGGGAAAAAAACUUUUUAAAGUACUUAGAAGAGUAACUAAAGCCCAAACAUGCAUAGCUGGACGGUGGAGGCAUUGCUACUGACCCUGCUUGGAGUGGAAACAGUCUUGGCAAAAGGACACUGGUGCGAACACACCGCGGAACAGAAGAUAGAACAGGUCCUGACCCCGCGUCUGCAGCUGGAGGUCAGCUGCUCUGAGGUCUACCAGUAUAAUACCCAAGGCUGGCGACUGGAUGUGGACUCCAUGCGGGCCAAGCACGGCGGCGACGAUGGUAUUGCACUCUACUACAAACAGCAGGGUCCUGGGGCAUCCUGCUUAUUGUACAAACCACCAGUGACUGAAAUCCAAAUAUUGAACAAGACAGUGAGAGCAUGCUGUGAGGGCUGGAGUGGACCACGUUGCUUGGAUGGUAUAGGAGUGCGUGGCCAGUGUUACUCCACAUGGAGCUGUAUGGACUUCCCCGGAGUCCAUAACUCCUCUCUAAUGGCGAUGGAGCAAUGCUGUAGCAGCCAGUGGGGACUCAGUUGGAGAAAUGCUUCUGACCAGGCUUGCUUGUCCUGCACUUAUACUCUCCUUCCAGACUCCCAGUUCUCGCCAGUUGUACGUGGUGGACUUCUGGGUAGCGUCAGGGCACCUCAAGGCACAGCCACUUGCAUGUCCUGGGGAGGAUCGCACUACCGUACUUUUGACAAGAAGCACUUCCACUUCCAGGGUAGCUGCACCUACGUGUUAGCCUCAUCCACUGAUGGCACCUGGACGGUGUACAUCAGUACGGUCUGUGUAGGCCGAGGGGACUGCAGUAAGGCUUUGAGAAUGAUGAUGGGCCUCGAUUUGGUUACCAUACAGCAGAGGAAUUUAACCCUGAACAACCUCCAUGUCCCAAAUGGAGAGCCCGUUUUUCAAAAUGGAGUGAGCGUUCACUGGCUCGGAGAUUUCGUCUUUGUGGAGAGUGGCCUUGGGGUGAGGGUGAAGUUCGACCUGGCCAACACCAUCCAUCUGACGGUUACUGCAGAACACCUGGCAACCACUAGGGGGCUUUGUGGGAGCUACAACAACGACCCAACCGAUGAUUUCACCACCAUACGUGGCACUGUGUCCCAGUAUGCUGCCAGUUUUGGGAAUUCAUGGAAAGUUCCCGACCAGCAGAAUGAAGGUUGCAGUGAUGCUGCUGAGCUGGGACACAGUUGUGACAUCUCGGGGGAUACGUCCCUACGCAGGCAGGCUGAGUCCAUGUGUCAUCGGCUGCUGGAAAUCCCCUUCACACAAUGCCACCCACGUCUGGACCCAGCAGCGUACAUCGAUACAUGCCUGUAUCUUUUCUGUAGCCUGCCACCCAAGAAGCGGGAGGCAGCCGUGUGUGACACACUGGCAAGCUACGCUCGAGAGUGUGCCCAGCAGCACGUCAUCGUACUGUGGAGGAGAGACACCCUAUGUGCUCGUGUCUGUCCCAGGGGCCAGAUCUUCUCAGACUGUGUGUCCUCUUGUCCCCCCAGCUGUGCAUCCCCCCAACUCCCUAGCCCGGCUGCAUCGAUGGGCCAGUGCCGGGAGGAGUGUGUUGGGGGUUGCGAGUGUCUUCCAGGUCUUUUCCUCCACCAGGGCCACUGUCUCAAAAGAGAUGAUUGCCCCUGUUUCCAUCGCAGACACACAUACCAGUCAGGAGAUAAGAUUCAGCAGAGAUGCAACACCUGCGUUUGCAGUGCAGGUCAAUGGCAAUGUACAGGAGAGAAAUGCGCAGCUCAGUGCAGCCUGAUGGGGGCGCUACAUGUCACCACCUUUGAUAAGAAGAGAUACUCCCUGCAAGGAGGAGACUGUCCCUUCACGACUGUGGAGGACUAUGUUGACCGAAAGCUUGUGGUGAGUGUGCGCUGUGGUGAGUGCACAUCUGAGAGAGGGGGCGGUGCCACAGGCUGUCUACGAGAGAUGUCAGUCACCGCACUUCGUACCACAGUCACCGUCACAGACACUGGGACUGUGACGCUGAAUGGCCAGAGGGAGCUGUUACCCGUGGUGACGGGGGACCUAGUAGUGCGGAGGGCAUCCUCUGCCUUUCUUCUCAUCCAGACUUUUGGAGCUCAGCUUCUCUGGCACCUUGAUGGACCCCUCGUCAUAAUUACUCUGCAGCCUCACUUCACCAACAAGGUGCGUGGCCUGUGUGGAACACUGACCUGGAAUCAGCAUGAUGACUUCAUGACCCCGGAGGGAGAUGUGGAAAGCAGUGUGUCCUCCUUUGCUGGAAAAUUCACCACAGAACUUUGCAGUCUAUCUAGAGGAGCCCCUCAAGACCCCUGCACUACUUACACCCAGAGGAGACACUAUGCCGACACUGUCUGUUCCGUCAUACACAGUACGGUAUUCCAGGCAUGUCAUGAUGUUGUCGAGAGGGAACCGUACUUUCGGCUCUGUGUGUCAGAGGUGUGCAGCUGUGUGCCACAGAAGGCCUGUCACUGCACCGUGCUCACUGCCUACGCUCGCCAUUGUGCCCAGGAGGGCGUCUCUGUCCAGUGGCGCAACCAAACCUUCUGCUGGGUUCAAUGUUCCGGGGGUCAGGUGCAUCAGGAGUGCGGAAGAACAUGCGGCCGCACAUGCUCAGACCUGCAGCAGGGCUGGAGCUGUGAUGAUGAUGACGGCGGCGGUGGCGGUGGCGGUGGUGGGCUGUGCGUCCCAGGUUGCCAGUGCACCGCAGGACUCGUACUGGACUACCAAGACCAAUGUGUUCCCACCGCCAUGUGUCCUUGUGUGCAAGCAGACAAAACGUACCGACCUGGAGAUGUUGUUCAGAACAACUGCAACACCUGUGUGUGUGAAGAGGGGCGCUUCAACUGCACACAGGGCCGCUGUGAGGAGGUCAACAAGUGUCCUGGCUCUCUCGUCUACUCUCCACGUUCCUGCCUUCUCACAUGCUCCAGUCUGGACCCUCCAAGUCAGCAGCAAGGCUCUGGUCUCCUCAGCUGCAGAGAGCCCCUGUCCGGCUGUGUGUGCCCUUCAGGAACUGUGCUACUUGGUGAUCAGUGUGUCCUCCCGGCAGAGUGCCCGUGUCACCAUAAUGGCCGCCUAUACUACAGCAACGAUACCAUCAUUAAGGACUGCAACACAUGUGUAUGUAAGGAGCGUCAUUGGCACUGCAGCCAGUCGGCCUGUGCUGGCAUGUGCGUGGCGACGGGAGACCCUCAUUAUGUGACGUUUGAUGGCCGCUACUUUUCUUUCUUGGGCGACUGCCAGUAUGUGCUGGCGAGGGAAACCAGUGGUUUGUUCAGUGUCACAGCUGAGAAUGUGCCCUGCGGAAGCAGCGGGGUCACAUGCACAAAGUCGGUUACCCUCAGCCUGGGGAACACCGUCAUACACCUGCUGAGAGGAAAAGCGGUGACAGUUAAUGGAAUGCCAGUGAUUCUACCCAAGACCUACAGUGGGAGUGGUCUGACUUUGGAAACGAUGGGCAUGUUUGUAUCACUCUCCUCCAGACUUGGGGUCACUCUGCUGUGGGAUGGAGGUAUGCGCGUGUAUGUACGCCUGGCAGCGCACUUACGGGGGAAAGUCGGAGGCCUGUGUGGUAACUUUGAUGGCGACACAGAGAACGACUUCACCACGCGGCAGGGUAUUGUGGAAUCGACUGCUGAGUUAUUUGGGAAUUCUUGGAAGGUCAGCCCUUCCUGCCCUGAUGUAGCUGACCAGGAGCUGCGAGACCCCUGCAUUAUAAACGCCCACAGAGUGCCGUGGGCCAGGAAAAGGUGCGGCAUCUUGACGCAGGAGCUCUUUUCUUCCUGUCACCUUGAGGUGCCCUUCCAGCAGUAUUACGACUGGUGUGUCUUUGAUGCUUGUGGCUGUGACUCUGGUGGCGACUGUGAGUGCCUGUGCACCGCCAUUGCCACCUACGCUGAGGAGUGUAACCGCAGAGGAGUUUACAUCCGCUGGAGGUCCCAGGAGCUCUGUCCCCUGCAGUGUGAAAAUGGACUUGUGUACGACCCGUGCGGUCCAGCUUGCUCACGUUCAUGUCCGAGUGUGCAGCCGAGUCCACACUCACAGUGUGACCUCCUCUCCUGUGUGGAGGGAUGCUUUUGCCCUGCUGGUACUGUCAGACAUGGUGACAGCUGUGUUGUUUCCACUCACUGUCCAUGUGAAUGGGAGGGCUCCAUGUUUCCACCUGGAACUACAAUCACUCAGCAUUGCCAGAACUGUUCUUGUGAAGAUGGCGAGUGGCAAUGCGAUGGCGUGGCUUGCCCUCCUCCCGCACCGCCGUGUUUGGAGUCAGAGUUUUCCUGUGCCAGCGGGCGCUGCAUCCCUUCUCACUGGGUGUGCGACAAUGAAGAUGACUGCAGUGACGGCUCUGAUGAAAUUUGCCCGUUCACAUGCUCUUCGGAACAAUUCCGCUGUACCAGUACGCCAGGUGGACCAUGUCUGAACCUGGCAUUGCGUUGCGAUGGCCACCCAGACUGCACUGACCAAUCAGAUGAGGAGUUCUGUCCACCCCACACUCCUGUACCUUUGUGCCCAGUGGGGGAAUUUCAGUGCGCCACCGGGAAAUGUCUCUCAGCCAACCGUGUGUGUGAUGGACGGCUGGACUGUGGCUUUGCUGAUGGUUCUGAUGAGCAAGACUGCGGUGUGGUGUGUGAUGAAGGGGAGUUCCUAUGUGCUGGAGGACGCUGUAUUCUUUACCUACAUCGAUGUGAUGGCCACGAUGACUGCGGAGACCUCAGCGAUGAAAGGGGAUGUGUCUGCGCGCACACAGAAUUUCAAUGCCCCGGGGACCAGUGUGUCGCCGCAGCCAAAGUGUGCGACGGACAUCAAGACUGCCCAUCAGGAGCAGACGAAGCUGUCUGUCCCAGCAAAGUAACAUGCGGCCCCAACCAGUUUGCCUGUCGCGACGGUACAUGUGUCGCCAUAACGACGCUUUGCGAUGGAACGGACGACUGCCCGACUGGAGAGGAUGAGAACAAAUCCAACUGCUACUCAUUCAUAACCCCGCCUCCUUCCCCUAUGACCCCUACUUUGCCUAGUUCAGCUUGUUGGUCCUACGAGUUUGAAUGCGCCACCGGUGGGCAGUGUGUGCCUCAGGCUUGGCACUGUGAUGGCGAGACGGACUGUUUGGAUGGCAGUGACGAGCAUCCGUGUCCAUCGCUCUGCGGUCCCGGUCAUGUGUCCUGCCUGAGCGGGGACCAGUGCGUACGAUACCAGCAGCUUUGUGACGGACACCCAGACUGCAGAGAUGCCUCGGACGAAAGCAUAGACAACUGUGGCUCCGCCCGAAUACCACCCUGCCCUGACAGCUUCUCCUGUGAUAAUCGAACCUGCGUCAACAUGUCCAAGGUGUGCAACGGUAUGCCUGACUGUCCCAAGGGGGACGACGAGUUGGUUUGUGGAAAACAUGUGACGCCACUGCCCCCUGGUGGUAGGAACACCACUGUUGCCUGUCCUGAAUUCACCUGUCUGGAUGGUUCCUGUAUCCAUUUUAACAUGGUGUGUAACGGUGUGGCCGACUGCCCGGACUCCUCAUUUGCACCACUUGGAGGCCCGACAGAUGAGCAAGGAUGUAGAAGCUGGAGCUCCUGGGGUCCUUGGAGCCCCUGUAGCACCUCCUGUGGUACGGGCUCCAUGAGCAGACAAAGAUCGUGUCCUUCAGGAGACCUUCUGCACCACUGCCGGGGUCAGGGUGUCCAGAAGCAGCAGUGCUUUAACACCACUUGUCCUGUUGAUGGUCAGUGGCUCCCUUGGGUGACCUGGUCAAAUUGUUCCAGUGGUUGUGGCGGAGUCCAGGUCCGACACAGAGGUUGUAUCCCUCCUCGAAAUGGAGGCCGAGACUGCUCCCAGCUCAGAGGAUCAUCUAACCUCAACAUGGAAAUCAAGCCUUGUCCCGAGGAUGGAUGUUCCAACAGCAGCUGCCCAACUGGUCAAGUGAGACACAGCUGCGCUCCCUGCCCAGUGUCCUGUGCCCAUAUCAGCAGCGGGACGACCUGUGACCCCACAGCACCCUGCUUCUCAGGUUGCUGGUGUCCAGAGGGCCAGGUAAUGAGCCACACCCAUCAGUGUGUGACACCAGAAGAGUGUGUAUGUGAAGCGGCAGGUGUGCGCUACCGGCCAGGCCAGCAGAUGAAGGUGGACUGUGAGAUUUGUAUUUGUGAAAAAGGAAGACCUCAGAGGUGCCAACCCAACCCGGACUGUUCUGUGCACUGUGGGUGGUCAUCGUGGUCUGAGUGGGGGGAGUGUUUGGGGCCCUGUGGUGUUCAAAGUGUCCAGUGGUCAUUCCGGAGUCCCAACAACCCGACCAACAAUGGAGAUGGAAGAACAUGCAGAGGAAUCUACCGGAAAGCACGUCGAUGUCAAACUGACCCCUGUGAUGAGUGCGAGUACCAAGGUCAGUCCCACGCCGUAGGAGACCGAUGGAGAGCCGACCAUUGUCACUUGUGUCAUUGUCUGCCCAACCUCACCGUGCAGUGCUCUCCGUACUGCCCAUUCGCCGUCACCGGAUGCCCGCAGGGUCAGAGUCUUGUGCCCGGAGAGGGAGACACAUGUUGCUACUGUCAAGAAAGCAAUGAAACCUCCUCAGCGACAACCAGCCCCUACACUACCACCUCCAAGCCAGGAGAAGGAAUCACUCCCUUCAUUCCGACCUACCCGCUGCCUCCUGGUGAAGAGUGCUGGUCUCCUUUGGGUGUUCAGUUUCUGCCACCUUCUAGUUUUCAGGCUUCCUCUCAGCAAAUUGGUCACCCUCCUGAGGCUGCUCGCCUUCACGGCUGGGACCCCCACAGAGACCUCCAGGGCUGGAGUCCAGAACCAGAAGAGUAUAAGGAUCUACCACAGCGCACCCCUGAGGGCCACAGUGGCAGCAUGCAAAGCCCUUAUAUACAGAUUGACCUGCUGAAACCGUACAACAUCACUGGUGUGUUCACACAGGGCGGUGGUGCAUUUGGCACCUACGUGUCUAGUUUCUACCUGCAGUUUAGCCAAGAUGGAAGACACUGGUACACUUACAAAGAGCUUGUCACUGAUACAUGGCCCAGAGCUAAGGUGUUUCAUGGUAACUACAACGAAGGAGGCGUGGCUGAGAUCAAACUGGACAGGAUGGUGUCGGCUCAAUUUGUCCGCCUGCUGCCACACGACUUCCAUAAUGGCAUCUAUAUUCGUCUUGAGAUUAUGGGAUGUGAAGAUGGUUACCAGUGGGCAACCUCGCCAACACCAACCAUCUUUCCAGCAGGAAGCUGCAGAGAAAAGGAACUCCAAUGUAAAAAUGGACGCUGUGUGCCAGCAGGACCUUCAGGAGUUAUCUGUGACGGUGUGGACGAUUGCGGUGAUGGAUCAGAUGAGAUGUACUGCGGCACAAGGCCUUACCCAACACCCACCAGUCCGUACAGAUGCCCCACUACUCAGUACUCCUGCCUCCCACCAGGGGGCUGUAUUGACACAGGAAAACGUUGUGACGGGAUUCCUCACUGUCCCCAAGGCGAUGAUGAAAAUGGCUGUCAUCUCCAUGAAAACAUCACUACCCAGUCUGACAGACCCUACACACCCACUCCAGCCCCUAUCAGGACUCCUUCCAGGAGCAGUGUUACCACUCACCCUUCAUUAUCACCUACAGAUGGUGGCCCAGGAAACCGUGGUAUCUGCUCCUCCGCACUUGGACUGGAGGAUGGGAGCAUUCGUUACGGUCAGCUUAGCUCCUCCUCGUAUCGUGAGAACAACCCUGCUGAUGCCGGCCGCCUGAAUAUCAUCCCUAAUAUUCAGAUUAUGGAGCCCGGAUGGAGCCCCUUACCUACAGACCCCCAACCAUACUUUCAGGUUGAUUUCCUGGAACCGACAUGGGUGUCAGGGAUCGUAACUCAGGGCAGUGAACGCAUGUGGGGUUACCUCACUAAAUACAGAUUAGCCUUUGCUUUGCAUAGCGGCCUCUUUACCAACUAUACUCAGGAUGGCAAGCCUGGUAGUCCUGCUAAGGUGUUUGAGGUACGGAUGGUAGGUAGGACUCCUGUUACACGCUGGCUUAGUCGGCUGGUCAGGGCCCGCUACCUGCGAAUCAUCCCUGUGGAGUUCAGACACACGUUCUACCUGCGUGCUGAGAUCCUUGGAUGUCGAGGAGAUGAGCUGCAGACGCCCAGCACUGUUACGCUGUCUCCCCCCGGUGGUGGCAAAGUGACACCACAGCGCUGUCAGCCAGGCCAGUUUGCCUGCCAGCACAGUGAACAAUGUGUUCCUGAUUCUGUGCUGUGUGACGGCCGACUGGAUUGCAAAGAUCACUCCGAUGAAAUGAAUUGCGGCUCUCCAGGGUUACAGAAUCAGACCACUUUCACCGGAAGACCAGGUUUCCACGGUGACAGUACAACCGGUGUUCCUGGUCUCUAUACCACCAAGUCACGAGGCGGGUUGCCUGGUGUGGCAACACCAGGGGUCACAGGGGAAGCCGGACUUUGGAAAACCACCACGCCAAGCACUGGAUGGACGACUGGUCAGCCCGCAGUGCACCUCACUCCAUCCUUCCAGCCUGGAGGUCCUGGCUUACAAACAACAACGGCCCAGUGGAUCACCACCACCACCGCUCAUGAUGGAGUACUUUGCGGGGAAGGCCAGUUUACAUGCCGCUCUUUCGGCUGUGUGGACUCGGCUCAGGUGUGUGACGGCCGACGGGACUGUUUGGACGGGUCCGAUGAAGAGCGCUGUGGUUCCUCGGUCAGUCCAACGCCGACACAGAGCCCCCUGGUACCAAGCCCCUGCUCCCCCAUGCAGUUCUCUUGUAAUAGCGGCGAUUGUGUUCACCUGGACCGCAGAUGUGACCUACAGAAGGACUGUGCGGAUGGUUCUGAUGAGAAAGACUGCGUUGACUGCAUCAUGUCACCGUGGACGUCAUGGAGCAUGUGCAGUGUUACUUGUGGUUUAGGCUCAUUAUUUCGCCAAAGGGACAUCAUGAGGGAAGCCCUACCUGGAGGAUCCUGCGGUGGCGCCCAGUUUGACAGUCGAGCCUGCUUCCCACGACCGUGCUCAGUUGAUGGUCACUGGUCAGAGUGGACACCGUGGUCAGAAUGUGAUGCUGAAUGCGGAGGUGGAGUCAGGCAUAGGAACAGAGCCUGUUCUGCACCUCCUCCCAAAAAUGAUGGGAAGGAUUGUGAGGGCAUGACCCAGCAGAGCCAGAGCUGCAACAGCCAACCAUGCACCCAAGAUACCGGUACACAGACAGGUUGUGUCAGUGGGAUGGUGCUGGUCUCUGAGGAAGACUGCCGGGCCGGGAGAGUCAAGCCUUGCCCUCCUACAUGCUCGCAUCUUAGUUUCACCUACAACUGCAGUGAAGAAUGUACACCUGGGUGCCGCUGUCCCAAUGGCAUGUAUCUACAGGGAGGGAAAUGUGUGAGAGCCAGCCAAUGUGUCUGUCAAUGGAACGGCCAAAAACUGCAGCCAGGAGAGGCAAUCAGCAGGGACCAUUGUACUACAUGUGUGUGCACGGAUGGACAAGUCACCUGUAACUCCUCCGACUGCAUGGUAAGCUGUCAGUGGUCAGCUUGGUCUUCAUGGUCACCGUGUGAUGUCACCUGCGGGCUCGGGCUCCAGCAACGAUACAGGUCUCCAGUAAACCAGACCGGAGCCAACAGAGGGCAUGUCUGCCCAGGAGACUCCACUGAAGUCCGCCGCUGCUCCAUACCCUGCAGCACUGACCAAGCAGAUGGAGUGUGGAGUAAAUGGACCGCCUGGUCAGAGUGCAGUAAGACAUGUUUCCACCAUGUCGAUGACGUGGGAAUCCGACAGCGAUUCCGCAGCUGCAGCCACACACACGCUCAGCUUUCUUGCGAUGGAGAAAGCACAGAACAAGAGCCCUGCAACACUGUGCACUGUGCAGUGGAUGGCAGCUGGUCUGCAUGGUCAGCGUGGUCUCUCUGUUCCUCUGAAUGCGACUCCGGUGUCCAAACCCGAGAGCGAUUUUGCACUUCACCUUCGCCACAACACGGCGGCAGCAGCUGUCCCGGUCCACAUAUUCAAACAAGAGACUGCAAUGCCCAUCCCUGCACGGGUGUGUGCCCACAAGGCAUGACCUACAUGACAGCAGCCGAGUGUGAGGAGCAAGGAGGUGCGUGUCCACGUGUGUGUUUGGACAUGACCUCCACCAAGGUGCAGUGUGCCACCGCCUGUUACAACGGCUGCUACUGCGCACUGGGGUCCUACCUGCUCAAUGGCAGCUGUGUGGUGUUGUCACAGUGCCCGUGUUACUACCAGGGACAGCAAUACGCAGCCGGGGCCUCUCUGUCCAAAGACGCCUGUAACAACUGCACAUGCAUGAAUGGAAGAAUGGAGUGUGGAACACAUCCAUGUCCUGUGGACUGCGGCUGGAGCAGCUGGACUCAGUGGAGCGCCUGCAGUCGAACAUGUGACGUUGGUGUGAGAAGGCGGUACCGUUCCGGAACCGACCCCCCACCCGAGUUCGGAGGUCGUGCUUGCGAAGGCACCAAAGUCGGGAUCGACACCUGCAGCAUUGAGCCCUGUUUUGGUGUCAAAGAACCCUGGAGCGCAUGGUCCGAGUGCUCAGUGACAUGUGGAGGGGGAUACAGGACUCGAACCCGUGGGCCCAUCCGAGUUCAUGGCACAGCACAGCAGUUCAGUGCCUGUAACCUACAGCCUUGCGGUGAUGGCAGAGUGUGUCCACCAGGCCAGGAGUGGAAGCAGUGCGUGAGGGGAGCGGUGUUAUGCUCAGACGUCACAAUGGACCUCAGUCGGAACUGUACACCUGGCUGCCAGUGUCCAGUUGGGACUUUGCAGCAGGACGGAAAAUGCGUCCGGGAGUCCGAGUGUCGCUGUGAUGUUCAUGGAGAGCAAUACAAGCCAGGAGAUACGAUUCACUCUGACUGUAAAAACUGUACAUGUGAAGCAGGGAGACUUGUAAACUGCUCUCAAGCCAUCUGUAAUGUUGAUGGGCAGUGGUCCCUGUGGACUCCUUGGGGUCAAUGCUCAGUGUCAUGUGGAGCAGGUCUCCAGUCUCGAUACCGGUUCUGUUCCAGUCCCCAGCGCUCCGGCAGUGGCCUGCCGUGUAUGGGACCUAACCGCGAGGACAGAGUCUGCGUCACGACCCCGUGUGACCGUGAUGGUAGUUGGGGUCAUUGGACUAACUGGACAGAGUGUACCAAGUCAUGUGGUGGGGGUGUUCAGAGCCGGAGGAGAGACUGCGACAGUCCCAGUCCGGAGGGAGAUGGAAACUACUGUGAGGGUCUCGGUACUGAGGUUAAAGCCUGCAACACCAACCACUGCCCAGUGGCGCCAUGCUCCAAGGUGGCAGGGACAGCGUUCAGUAGCUGUGGUCCCUCCUGCCCACGCUCCUGUGAUGACCUGGCAUACUGCGACUGGCGUUGUGAGCCUGGGUGCUACUGCACAGGGGGAAUGGUCUUAUCAGCGAAUGGGACAGUUUGCUUACCGAGAGACGAAUGUCCCUGCCUUGAUCUUACAACCGGGCGUCGGCUGGAGCCCGGAGACGUCACUGUGGCCGCUGAUGGGUGUAAUAACUGCACCUGUGAGGGUGGGAUGCUGAACUGCACCCAAAAUCCUUGCCCAGUAUCAGGUGGUUGGUGUGAGUGGUCUGAGUGGACUCCAUGCUCCAAGACCUGCGGGGCAGAAUCGGUCUCCCGUUACAGAAGUUGUGGUUGUCCCGAACCUAAAGCCGACGGGGGGCCGUGCUCCGGAGAACAGGAAAUACACAAUGGAGUCGGGGUUCAGAUCCAGAGACAGCCCUGUCCCGUCGUCACCUUCUGCCCAGUCCACGGUUCCUGGAGUUCCUGGUCAGCAUGGUCGGCCUGUGAUGGAUGUGCAGGGUCGUCCACGCGCACAAGGGACUGCGACAGACCACCUGCCCGGUUUGGUGGACUGCCCUGUCUUGGCGAGAGGGUGCAGAGCCGCGGGUGCCAUGACAACGCGACUGUGUGCUCAGACUGUGAUGGAGGCCAAGAAGAAUGGCCUUGUGGGAAACCCUGCCCUCGCUCCUGCUCCGAUCUCCAUGGCGACACCGAGUGCCUAGACUCCCCUGGGUGCAGCAGGACCUGCGGUUGCCCGGGUGACAUGCUCCUGCAGGAUGGAGUGUGUGUAUCCAGGGAGGAGUGUCGCUGCAAAUAUGAUAACGGCUCCUCUGUCGGUUUGAGAAAUGCAUCAUGGACAUGGCCUGGGGAUGCUGAUUGGCAGUUUGCAAGUCACGGAGAAGAAAUCAUCACUGACUGCAAAAACUGUUCUUGCCAAGCCGGGGUUUUGCUUUGUGACCCCCUCCCUGGGUGCUACAUGGACGGUGGCUGGAGUCAGUGGGGCGCCUGGUCUCCAUGCUCACUUUCCUGCGGAGGAGGGAUUCACUUCCGGAGACGCCAGUGUGAUAAUCCUUUUCCUCAGAGUGGCGGGAGAGGUUGCUUGGGAAUUGCUGAUCAGCAGAGAGAAUGCAACACACAUCUGUGCACGGAUUCGGUGGGCCCCUGGCUGCCCUGGUCGCAGUGGUCAGUGUGUUCGGUCAGUUGUGGCGGGGGCCAGCAGUCCCGAUUUCGAACGUGCAGAUCGUCACCCUGCAGUGGCGUCAGCCGCCAGAGCAAGACUUGUAAUACUGAGGUUUGCCUUGAGGUGGGCUGCCCCCCCGGGAGGCUUUACAGGGAGUGUGAGCGAGGGGAGGGCUGUCCAUUCAACUGUGCCCAGAUAAGUGGCAGGGAGGGCUGCUACUCUGAUGGCUGUGAGGAAGGCUGCCACUGCCCCUUACACACGUUCCAGCAUAAUGGCCUCUGCCUGCAUGAGUGUCCCUGUCUAGUGGACGAGGAGCUUCUGUCUUCUCUUCAGAGUGUCUCUAUCACCCAGGACUCAGCUCUACAUCUCCAUAACAUCAGUGAGGGUGAAGAGCUCCAGCCUGGAGACACAGUGGUCCAUGACUGCAGCUCAUGCAUCUGUGAACACGGCAGGUGGAACUGUUCCUUGGAGUACUGUCCGGUAGACGGCGGUCUGUCAUCCUGGGGUCCAUGGAGCUCCUGCUCGCUGUCAUGUGGAGGCCUUGGGCUGAAGACCCGCACGAGAGGCUGCACCCAGCCUGCUCCAGCUCAUGGGGGGAAACAUUGCAUGGGGCCUUACCUUGAAACGACUUAUUGUCAGACCCCUGAUUGUCCAGUUGUUGGUCCCACUGAAGAACCAAGCCUACCAGAUGAGGAUGCUGGCUUCACUGGCUGGUCAUCAUGGAGUCCAUGCACUAAAACAUGCAGCGAUGCUCGCUCACCGGCCAUGAAGUCACGCCAUCGUCAGUGCAUCAGGCUUCCUUGCUUUGGGGACUUUCACCAAGACAAAGCCUGCAACCUUCCUCAGUGCCCAGAUGGUGAUGAGGUAUGCGUUGGGGACCAUUGUGAAAAGAGGAACUGUACCUGGACAGAGUGGGCGCAGUGGGGCUCGUGCUCGCGGUCCUGUGGGGUUGGCCAGCAGCAGAGGAUCCGCACCUUCCUCAGUCCGGGCGCCAACGGCUCCUGGUGUGACGACAUUCUCGGAGGAAACACGGAGCACCGCUUUUGUAACAUCAGGCCCUGCAGAGUGGAUGGAGGAUGGUCCCGAUGGAGUCCCUGGUCCCGUUGUGAUAAAACAUGUGGCGGUGGCCGCUCCAUACGCACGCGCUCCUGCUCCAGCCCUCCACACAAAAACGGAGGAAAAAACUGUGCAGGAGAGAAGAACCAGGUCAAGCCCUGCAACACCAAACCCUGCGAUGAACAAGGGUGCCCACCGGGACAGGAAGUCGUUUCUUGCGCCAACGAGUGUCCACAGCGCUGCUCUGACCUCCAGCAGGGAAUAGAGUGCCAAACCAACACUGAAUGUCAACCCGGUUGUCGCUGCCCCAGAGGUCAGCUGCAGCAGGACGGCGUGUGCGUGCAUCUGUGGCAGUGCGACUGCGUGGACUCGCAGGGGCGGGUCUGGGCUGCCGGCAGCUGGCACCAAGUGGACUGCAACAACUGCAGCUGCUCCUAUGGACAGUUCACCUGCACCAAUCACAGCUGCCAGCCCACGUGCACGUGGAGUUCCUGGUCCAGUUGGGCAUCGUGCAGCGUUACCUGUGGACAGGGUCGUAGGACCAGAUACCGAUCUCUAAUCUCAGACACCGAGGGAACAGACUGUCAAUUCGAGGAAGUCCAGCAUAAGUCCUGUGAGCCAGGACCCUGCCCGCCCCUUUGUCUCCAUGACGACCAAGAGCUCCACGUGGGAGACACUUGGCUGCUGGGGGAAUGUAAACAAUGCACAUGUACUCCGGAGGGAGAUUACUGCCAAGAUAUCGACUGCAGAGUGGAUGGUGGAUGGACGCCAUGGUCAGUGUGGUCUGACUGCUCAGUGACUUGCGGACGAGGAACACGGGUUCAAACCCGCGCCUGCAUCAACCCUCCACCCCGUAACAACGGCUCUCAAUGUGAAGGUCCCGAGAAGGAGACACAGGACUGCCACCCCGCUCAUUGUCUGGAUGACCUAUGUCCUUGGUCGCCAUGGUCUCCGUGUUCCAGGACGUGUGGGGCGGGGUCUGUGGUGCGGCGUCGGGUGUGUCUGUGUGGGAAAGGAGGAAGGGCAGCAUGUCCCGAUGAAACCGAGACUCAGACCAACCAAGAGGAGAACCAGCUGUGCUUCACACAGCCCUGUCCAGAAUGUCCCAUGUCUGGAUGGAGCGUCUGGUCUCCAUGCUCCUGUGAGUCUCAGAGGCAGCAGCGUUACCGUGUAGCUGUCACCCCAGCCACCAGGGGGCAGCAGUGCUCUCCCGUGGAAACACAGAGCAGGCCAUGCAGCCUCAGUCACUGUGAUGAUGAAUGUGAAGCCCCAUUUGUGUACUCUCAGUGUGGCUCCCCCUGUGAAAAGCAUUGUGAACUUCACGGACGUGCAGAUCUGUGUUCGGGUGUCAGGGAGUGUACGCCCGGCUGUUAUUGUCCCACGGGCAUACUACAGCAGAAUGGUAGCUGUGUGCCAUCACAGCAAUGUGGCUGCAUCUACUUGCAGCACCAAGCUCCGGGACUACCCCCCACCCCCGUCACUAUUCCUCAGGGUGCGACAGUCACCCUCGGAUGUAGUACCUGCCUUUGCUAUGAUGGGACAUUAGAGUGUGACAUGAGGGAAUGUGAAGUUGUUCUCAGCGAGUGGUCAGAGUGGACCCCCUGCUCUCCCUGCAUGCCCUCCUCUUCCCUGCCCCCCACCAGCACCCUCCUGGAACGGACAGUCAAUGAAAGCAAAAUGAUCUCAGUCCAGAGGCGCUUCCGGGCUUGUUUGGAUGUGGAUUCUGGUUUGCCAGUGUCUGGAGAACAGGCGACUAACCAGUGUCCACCAGGCCCACAAGAAGAGGACAGGCUUUGCCCCGAUACUAGCAUCUGCCAAGAUAUGUGUCAGUGGAGUGCCUGGGGUACAUGGACAGUGUGUGCCGAGCCAUGUAGUGGCGGAGUCAGGCAGCGUUACAGGCGGCCUCUGGCCUCCCCUCCGGGACCUCGAUGCAGCAGCCUGCAGACACAAAGCCAAAGCUGCAACACGGGACUUUGCCCAGGUGAGCGCUGUGAAGAUAGGGGGCGGACCUACCAGGAGACCUGUGCCAAUCAGUGUCCUCGCAGCUGCACGGAUGUAUGGGAGCAUGUACAGUGUCUCCAGGGAGCUUGUCACCCAGGUUGUCGGUGUCCAGAGGGACAGCUAUUGCAGGACGGCCAUUGUGUGCCUGUGACGGAAUGUCGCUGUGGGGUCCCAUCAGGUAAUGGGACAUUGCAGUAUGGACCAAAUGAAGAGCUUGGCAUGGACUGCAACACUUGUGUGUGUCAGAAUGGCACCUUGGUUUGCACCAACCUUCCCUGUCCCGUGUAUGAACCUUGGAGUCCAUGGACAACCUGCUCAGCCACAUGCGAACGCGGCCACCGGACAAGAACACGCCUCUGCCAAGACACAGAAGGCGGUCCUUCCUGUUCCGAGACCACGCAGACAGAAACCUGUGACCUGCGCCCAUGUCCAGUGGGAUGUUUGUUAAGCGAAUGGUCGCCCUGGAGUGAAUGCAGUGCCACGUGCGGCGGCGGUUUGUCGAUGCGUAACAAGACAAUCCUUCAGGAACCACAGCCUGGUGGGACCGCCUGCGUUGGACCACUUGAACAACACACUGCCUGUAACAGCAACAGCUGCAGACCUGGGUGUCCUGAUGGCCAGGUUUUCAGUGAAUGUUCAGGUUCCUGUCCAUACACCUGUGAGGACAUGUGGCCCCACACUCAGUGUCUAGUGGGGCCUUGCAGCCCGGGGUGCUCCUGCCCCCCUGGACAGGUGUUCCAUGGCGGGUUGUGUGUGUCGCACGCAGACUGCCCCUGUUCCCUCCUGUCUCUGCCGACCGCCUACCAAAAUUUGAAUAUAAGCGCAGAAGAGAAGACAGGAGCCGUGCUUCCACCUGGAACAUCCUUCCAGCAUCUCUGUAACACAUGUGUAUGUCAAGAUGGAGUGUUCAACUGCACCGCAGAGCUCUGUGACGUGGACUGCCAGUGGUCCAGUUGGUCCCAAUGGACUCCAUGCUCUACCAGCUGUGGUACAGGACAGCAGAGCUCCUCAAGAACUGUAUCACAGCCCAACCUGUACGGAGGAGCCCCCUGUGAGGGUCUUGACCACCGCACCGCUGUCUGCUUGGCCCCUGAUUGUGCGUGUCCCGACGGCGAGCGAUGGAAGAGGAGCAUGUCGGAGGAUCGGCCAUUGUGCGAGAGGAGCUGCGAGGAUAUUUACUCCCCGACUCCCGUCAACUGCAGCCGCUCCUCGGAGGGCUGCGUGUGUCAGGGGGGGCUUUAUCGUAACACGGAGGGUGUUUGUGUCAUCCCUGCUCUCUGCCCUUGUCAUGACCGGGGCGUCGUACGGGAGGCAGGGUCGGAUUGGGAGGAGGAUUGCCUGUCAUGUCGUUGUGUGAACGGGAAGAAAGUUUGCCAGCCGAAGUGCCCUGAACUCCACUGUAAUGAGGGAGAAGUUAAAGUAGAGGAACCAGGAAGCUGCUGUCCCAUCUGCAGGAAACAGUUUCCGGCCGAAACCGUGCCCGAGUGCCGUCGCUACGUACAGGUCAAGAACAUCACCAAGGGAGACUGUCGCCUCGACAACGUGGAGGUCAGCUUCUGCAGGGGGAGAUGUCUUUCCAGGACUGAUGUCAUCUUGGAGGAGCCGUACUUGAGUUCCGUGUGCGAUUGCUGCAGUUACCGCCUGGACCCCGACAACCCCGUCCGCUUUCUCAACCUGCAGUGUGACAGCGGUGAGAGCGAGCCGGUCGUCCUGCCUGUCAUACACAGCUGCGAAUGCACCAGCUGCCAAGGAGGUGACCUGUCCAGACGAUGAGGACGUGUAAGGAGAGUCCCAGCCACAUUUUCAAUGUGCGUCCAAACCAACCAAGUACACAGAAACCUGUAUUAGAGGGAAUGGAUGAAUCAAACCACACAUCAAACCCUCUUUAGUCCUUAGUCAUUAUAUGACUUCAUACUUUAAACGUCUUAUUCUUUGUCUUGUAUAAACUUUUUAUACUCUAUUUUUAUAAUAUUAAAGGGCCUGUGAUCUAUUCUAAAUACACUUAGGUAGACAGAUCAUCAAGUCCUGGUCCACUAUGAUUUUUACAGACUAUAAUGUGCCCGCAUAAGUUAAUAUGGACCUACAUGAUCCACUUUCCUUUGCAUUUUGCAUUUGUGACAGCUCAAUUAACUAUUUACAACUUUGACAUUUAGAGCUAAAAUGUGCAUGUGCAUGUGUAUGUGUGUGUGUGUGUGUGUGUGUGUGUCCGUGUGCAUGCGGUACAAUGUCCCUACAAUGCGUAACCUUCUGCACGCUACACUCCUCCAUGCUCCUCCACUUCCUGUGUGUUAAUACACGGUAUUUAUGCCACCUUGUGGCUGUUUAGAUAGCUUAAAACUGCUUGAAAAAAUAUAUAAAAAUAUAUAAAAAUUGUAUAAAAGUAUGUUCUUCCAUCAUCGCCUCUCGUGCAAAAAAAUGUUUUUAUGGAACCAUUGAGAAGUUUUGUGGUUGACUAUAACAUAUUAGUCAAAAGACAAAGAUAUACAGUAUGUUGUAUUCUGGUCACUAGGCAUCAUUAGGCGGCAUUAGAUUACCAUCUUACUGUAUCGUCCCUUGAUAAACUGAAAAAAAAGUUCUCCUCCCAUUCAGUGUGGAAGUGGUAAGUUUUUUAAACCAUGUAAGUUUAGAAUACAGUAAAUGAAUUGGAUCCCCUAGGAAUGGGAUGUAAUAAUAGGAGUACAAAGGCCCCACACUACCGCCACCAUAUUUUACUGUUGCUAUGAUGUUUUUUUUCUGAAAUGCGAAAUGUAAUGGGACACUUCCAAAAAGUUCAACUUUUGUCUCAUCAGACAACAAAAGAUUUUCCCUAAGGUCUUUUGGAUCAUCAAGAUUUUUCCUGGCAAAAUUGAGUCAAGCCUUAAUUUUGUUUUUGUUCAAAAGUGGUUUUGGUCUUGAGACUCUGCCAUGCAGGCCGUUUUUGCCCGGUGUAUUUCUUAUAGUGGAGUCAUGAACACUGAGGAAAGUGCAGUUGUGGGGUCUUUUGUGACCUCUUGGUUGAGUGGUUGCAUUCUUGGGAAGGUUCACCAAGUUUUUUUUCCCCAUAUGUAAAUAAUGGCUCUCAUUGUAGUUUGCUGGAGUCCUAAAACAUCCUAAAUAUUCAUAGAAAGUAAACUUCCUGGGUUUUAAAUUUUAUAUAGGCAGUUGCAGUGGUAUGUUAACAUAAGCGGGCACUUCUGGACAUACUGGACCAGGACUUGGUGGACAUAGAUGGUUCACAUACACAUAAACAGAGCAAGAAUCAAUAAAGAUAAAGCAUUUGUACACAUACAGUAUGUUAUAUGAUGUCAUUUCAUAUUAAGUGUUGAUAGUUCAAGCACAACUAUUACAUGAUGACGUG